AUGCAAGCUCUUCGCGAAAAGCUCAAAGAUUCCAAGCUGCACGAUGCCAAAGUCGAGGCGAUCCACUUGAAGCACAAGAUUGGCAAGCUCAAGAACCUGGUCAACCGGAACCAUCGCCACGACGAGGCGCAUGAACAAGCGACGGACCGCAAGAGAACAGGCAUCUGCGAGUCGCAUCGUUUCGAGUCCUUCUUCCCCGAGCGCGACAACAACCGCAUCAAGUGGUAUGUCGACGGCCGUGACUAUUUCUGGGCCGUUUCGGUGGGCCUCGAAAAUGCCAAAGAGACCAUCUACAUUGCCGACUGGUGGCUCUCGCCCGAACUAUUCUUGCGCCGCCCUCCCUUUUUCAACCAGGAAUGGCGUCUAGAUCAAAUUAUCAAGCGUGCUGCCGAACGUGGGGUGCAAGUCUACGUGAUCGUCUACAAAGAAGUCCAGCAAGCCUUGACCUGUAAUUCCGCGCAUACCAAGCAUGCCUUACGAGCACUUUGUCCUCCGGGCAGCCCUGGCCACGGCAACAUCCACGUCCUGCGCCACCCAGACCACAACGUCUUCGAGAACCUUGGUGACAUGACAUUCUACUGGGCGCAUCAUGAGAAGUUCAUUGUUAUUGACUAUCACCUCGCAUUCAUCGGAGGCCUAGAUCUUUGCUAUGGGAGGUGGGACGUCCGUCAGCACCUCCUGGCGGAUGUCCACCCUUCGGGAGUGGUCAAUGAAAUCUUCCCGGGACAAGACUUCAAUAAUAACAGAAUCAUGGACUUCCAAACAGUGGAGGAUUGGUCGAAUAACGAACUGAACAAGACCGAGUACGGACGGAUGCCGUGGCAUGAUGUCGCAAUGGCGGUGAUUGGCGAAUCUGUAUUAGAUAUUGCCGAACAUUUCGUGCUGAGAUGGAACUUUAUCAAACGAGACAAAUACAAGCGCGACGAGGGUGUCGACUAUCUGUGUAUGACGACUCGGUCGAGGGCAGAUGGCUCUAAUCCAGAUGAAGACCUCAUCGCAAUCCAGAGACCAAAACAUCCCGUGGGGAAGUAUAUCGAACAUCCCCUCAGCCCUCUCGAGGGCAAAGGACUUCAGAACGCCGGCACGGUCCAUGCGCAGGUGGUUCGUAGCAGCGACGACUGGAGCAGUGGUAUCCUCCUCGAUCACAGUAUCCAAACUGCCUAUGCAGAAGUGAUUGAGAGUGCCCAGCACUAUGUCUACAUUGAAAACCAGUUCUUCAUCACGGCCACCGGCGAGCAUCAGGCGCCAAUCCACAACCAGAUCGGCCGAGCCAUAGUCAACGCCUGUGUCCGUGCUGCCAAGGAAGAUCGCAAGUUCAGGGUCAUCAUCCUCAUCCCUGCCAUCCCAGGCUUUGCGGGCGAUCUUCGCAGCGAUGCCGCCAAUGGCACGCGGGCCAUCAUGGAUUACCAGUACAAGAGCAUCAAUCGAGGUGAACACUCGAUCUAUGGCCAGCUCAAAGCCGCUGGGGUGGACCCCACCAAGUACAUCUUUGUUUUCAACCUGCGCGCUUACGACCGCAUUGAUAGGACCCCAUCACUCAUCCAGCAGGAGAAAGAGUCUGGAGUUUCCUAUCAACAGCUCCAGCGCGCCGAAGCAGAGGAGAUCAUGGGCAGUGGCAUCCACGGUUACGAAGGCGAAAAGGGCGAGAAAGACUCUCGUGGGACGGGCGCCCAGACCAGCGAAGAUGAACAACACGCCAUCGUCGACCGGAAGCGUCGAUUCGAGGCCGCACGCAAGAAACUCGACGUUAAAGACCCCGUCACUUCCGCCGAAUCUAUUGCCGAAGACGCCAUGGCUCGUGGCGGGCUCGUCAGUGAAGAAGUGUGGGAAGGCGAGCCGGAGGCUGAAAAGGAGAACUUCGUGCAAGAAGAACUCUAUAUCCACGCCAAACUGCUGAUUGUAGACGACAAGACGGUGAUAUGCGGGUCGAGUAACAUCAACGAUCGCUCCAUGUUGGGUGCGCACGACUCGGAACUUUCGAUCGUCAUGACCGAUACCAAAGUCCUCGAAUCGACCAUGGACGGCAAGCCCUAUCAAGCAGGCUUCCACGCUGCCACCCUCCGCCGCCACAUCUGGCGUGAACACCUGGGUCUGAUCGAGGCGCAGUCUGUUGACGCCUCGAAUGACCCAAACGCUCAACCGCCCACCGUCUGCAUGAACGACGAGUACUCGGGCGAAGAGUGGGAGUUCGUCGCCGACCCCUUGUCCGAUGCUUUGUGGGAAAAAUGGACGACCCAAGCCACGACGAACACGGACAUCUACCGGUACCUGUUCCGCGCCGAUCCCGAUAACCAUAUCAAGACGUGGAAGGACUACGAUGACUUUGCACCCCGCAAGACGAUCAAACAGGGCCACUUGCACGACCCCCAUAUGCCAGCUGAGCUGGUCAGGAAAGAAAUGGACAAGAUCAGGGGACAUCUCGUCUGGAUGCCCUUGGAUUUCCUGUGCGAGGAGGAGAUGGCUGAGCGAAAUAUGCAGGUGAAUUCUUACACCGAGGUGAGUGGUCUAUCAUCACGACCCCAGUAG